AUGGGGGAAGAUUCUCGAGGCGAACAUGCCUACAUUUUCCCCGGGUUUGGCUUUGGCUUGGUCAUUUCUGGUGCGAUUGGUGUCCAUGAUGAAAUUCUUCUUGCAGCGACGGAAGCUUUGGCUGGUCAAGUAACGGAGGAGCAUUUAGCUAGGGGGAUGAUUUACCCUUCAUUCACUAAUAUCAGAAAGAUAUCUGCUCACAUUGCUGCUAAGGUAGCUGCUAAAGCAUAUGAACUUGGUGUGGCGACACGUCUCCCUCGACCUGAGAAUCUCGUGAAGUAUGCUGAACGCUGUAUAUACACUCCUACUUACUGGACAUACGGUUGA